AUGAAUCAAAUCAAACGACAACAAAGUUCAAGUCAAUCGAUUGAUGUGGAAAUGAAAACGCUACAAACCAGAUUGAGUGAUGGAAGUACAUCGUAUACCUGCUUUGAAAAUUUAUCAAAUGAAGUUUUGUACGAAAUAUUCGAAUAUCUGGAUGCUUGUGAUAUAUAUGAAUCAUUUUCAAAUCUUAAUAUUUGUUUACAAAAUCUUAUUAGUUCUUCGUCACUUUUACUUCGAAUAAAACUUGUUCCAGAAUCAAAACAUUUGCUCGAAGAUCAUUGUCAACAUGUUAUUAUUCCAAAUUCACAUCGUAUUCUUUCACUUCAUUUGGCUAGUUAUUCGACUGAUCCACCACUAAUUGAUACGUUCUUUAAUCAUUGUACUAUUGAUGGAUCAUUUCUUCGUCUUGAAUCAAUUAUUCUCAAAGGAAUCAAAACAGAGAAACUACUCGCAACUCUUUUUUAUUUAAAGUCUUUACCUCGUCUAUUCUCACUAACCAUUUCUAUAAAGGCUAAUGAUUACUAUGAUCUGGGAAAUAUUUAUCCAUUAAUUUUUUCGUUACCUGCAUUGAAAUAUAACCGACUAUCAAGAUCUAUUCAUGCACGAGAAAUCAAUAUUCCACGUGUAAUCAAUCAAAAAUUUAGCACCAUCCAAUAUUUGAUUAUUGAUCAUACUUGUACUUUUACUCAGCUAAAUUCUAUACUUCAUUACACACCACAACUUCGUCAUUUGUAUUGCGAUCUAGUGAUGGACUCAAAAGAAGAAUUCAAAAACGAUCUAUCGAUGAAAUUACCACAUUUAAAAUCUCUUUAUAUUCAACAAUCUGAGGCUUCGUUUGAUGAAUUUGAAAUGUUUAUUAAGACAAUAUCCUCUCCAUUACAAAUAUUGAAUAUUUCUGUAUUUUGGGGUGAAGAUUUUCUUGAUGAUAAUGGUUGUGAACGAUUAAUUAAAAAAUAUAUGCCGCAAUUAGAAAAAUUCUCCUUUCAUUUUAAUCAAAUUAUUCAUGAUGAUUUCACGAAAGAUUUAAUUGAUUUAAGUAAUGGAUUCAUUAAUCAAGUUAGUUCACCAUUUUGGAUUGAACGAAAAUGGUUUCGUGGGAUAAUAAUAGAUUCUGAGAACAUCGUUUUUUCAAUUCAUCCAUAUAGAAAAGAAUGGAUCGAUCUUCAUGAACAUACGAAAAGUGACCAUCGUAUUAUGCAAUUGAUUAUCAUGAAUAAUCAAUUUACCGAACUUACCUGGCGAUUUAUUAAGAAAUUAAAGCGUGCUUCUAAAGCAAUUCAUUUUACUCAUUUAGAUAUAGAAGGUGGUAGCAUGUGUAUUCACAUGUUACUCGAUAUUCUAUCUUCAUUGCCAAAUAUUAAAUCAUUAAAACUGUCAUCUCCAUCAAUAUUUUCGUUGAAAUCUUUACCUAUUGAAGAUACCAAAAAUUAUCUAUCAGUAUUGGCUAUUAACAAAAUAACACAAGUUAAACUUGGUCAAGCUACAGAAGAACAGGAAAUUCAAUUUUUUAUCAAUCUUUGUCCACAUAUACAAUAUCUUGGAGUAGACUGUAUGUCAGAUACAGGUGUUCCAUCACUUAUGAAACUUAUUUUAAUGAAUCGAAGAACACGUAUUCCUAAUCUCUGCUACCUGUGCUUCAUCAUUCCUAUGGCAGACGACAACAUGGUUAGAAGUUUAGCAAAGGUAAUAGAUUCCGAGAUAACUAUUGAUAAGUAUACAAUUCAGCGUAGUGGCAACAAAAUAAGUGUGCAUUGGACAUUAUAA